AUGACGCUGGAGUCUACGUCUUUUGUUGCUAAAGAAUCCUUCUCUGAUCGGUUCGAGUACUUGGUUAGAUGCGGAGAUUUGAUGCUUCCACUUUCAGACGCAGAGGAGCAGGACAGUGCUGUCAGUGAGUUCAAGGCCAAGAUCAAAGAUGAAUCUCAUGAGGUUACGGUACUUCCACCAGUUGUGCUGGGUCUGGGGUUCGCGAAGCUCCGCCACAAACUCGCAGCUUUGUUGCACCAAUUUCGGUUGGAACUUGGAAAUGAUCUGGAUGUCAUCCAGGCUUACUGUCGCAGUGUCCUAUCAAUCUGCACUGAUCAGGGCACAGAAGCUGGGAUCUUUUCUGUUCCUUCCAUUGAUAUUCACAAGCACCUCAUCAAUGAGGCAAAGGCGUUGUCCAGUGCUUGCCCUCCUGGGGUCCUCUGGGCCUUGAAAGAUUUGGUGCCGGCGCCGGGUAGCGGCGGUCAUUUGCAAGUGGGAAGUGGCGGUGAUCAAUUAUUGCCCAGUGACAAUGAUCCAGGUCCAGUGCCGAGUGAAAUGGCCAUGCCCGAUUGCAUCAAGCACUCGAUGGACAAUUGUUUGCACGAUGUGUGGGGCUCACUGAGGGCGAGGGAUUUGUUCUUGAAGCAACUCGGAGCAAUCGAGUACCUCAUGAAGCAGCCCAUGCUGCGGUCCAAACUGGCAUUUGUUUUCUUUAAUGAGGCAACGACAUUUGACAAGACAUUUUCACAGUUGUUGAAACAUUGGGGGCCGACACUGCAAUCUCUACGAUGGCAUGCUGUUAUUGAAUUUCUUCAGAGUUUGUUGAAGCUUGAAGAGGGGCUCCGGAAGAAGUGGAACUUGGAACGAUGGAUGAAGUCUUUGCCUUCUGAUCGCAAAGAACAGGGGGGGGAAGGCAGAGUGCAGCCUUCGGUCAGCUACAAACUGAUGGAUCAAGCCGUUCACAGUGCUUUCUUUUGGAUGUAUGGUAGAAUGCUGUUACAUAUCAGCGAUGCCAGCGAGACUCUUUCACUUUGGUCAGAGGGGUGCUGGCUUCAUAGGAACAAAUGUUCCCAGAAGACAUGUUCUUUCAAAGGAGCACGCGCCCCCGAACUGGCGUCCGGGGCACACAAGUUUUUGCUGCAGCGGUUCAAGUCCUCGGCCGAUGUACAUCUCAGCAGCAUGUCUUCAAAUUUGAAGCCUGACGAAGCCCACCGUUUGGCCACUGACUUCCACAUCGCCAGCUCCAGGUUGUCUCUGGAAUGGGAACUGCAGCUGCAUUUUUGGGAUUUAUUUCCAUGGAAGCUGGCAAGCCUCGCGGUGCCAAACCUGGAAAUGGCACAGGUAAAUGCCCGCCAUGUCCUUCAAAUGUGGCGUGAUAUGGGGAAGUCCCAGCAACAAUGCAGCCAUCCAAUGACGAGGAGGUUCUUAGAUCCAGACUGGGCAGGCAGGUGUGAUGGUUUCACAGGGCGCCAUGCCAGCCAGGAUCGUUACUUAGCAGGUAGUUUUUCAUCCAUUCUGUAUUGGUAG